AUGGAGCUAACUGACCUUCUCCUUGUACUGGCCUGGCUGCAGAUCAUCCCCGAGCUGGUGUCGUCCGAGGGGACCGAGGGACCCGAUUCAUCUCCUGGCCCCCUGCCGCCCCCCACACUCUCUCUGGGCUCCCAGGACCCUGUGUAUUACCAGGGGGAGCGUGUUAACCUCAGCUGCUCAGCCCCCAGGGGCGAGGCAGUGACGGGAUACAGAUUCUACAGGAGAAGAGGCGGCCAGACCCCGGAGGAGCUCCCAUCUCCCAGCGGGGCAGCCCGGCUGGAGCUCAGGGCCGAGAUGGGGAAUCACGGGCCCUACACCUGCCAGUACUGGAGAAAGGAGUCUGGGCAGGAGAUCCCAUCCACGGAGAGUAACAAGGUCUAUAUAACCGUGCAGGCCUCCCCGGCAGCUCCUACACUCUCCCUGCACCCCCCACACCCGCUCUAUCUCCCAGGGGAGCGUGUGACCCUCAGGUGCUCGGCUCCAGGGAGCGACAGGCUGCAGGGAUACAGAUUCUACGGGGAACAGGAGAGGCUGAUCCAUGACGAGGUCCCUGCCCCGGCUGGGGGCGCUGGGCUGGAGAUCGUGGCCGAGAUGGGGAAAGCCGGGGUGUAUACCUGUGCAUACUGGAUCCCGCGAUCCGGGCAAGAUAUCCUGUCAGAGAGAAGCCGGCCAGUGUCCCUAUCAGUGCAAGCCCCCCCGGAAGCUCCAUCCCUCUCCCUGAGCCCCCCACGCCCCGUGUACCUCCCCGGGGAGUCUGUCACGCUCACGUGCUCCCCUCCAUCGGGGGCACCAGUGGCUACUGGAUUCCAGUUCUCCAGGGAUACGGGACGGGGAAUCACAUCCGAGAGCAGCAAUGCCCAUGCCCUGAACAUCACGGGGCCAGAGGACUCCGGGUCGUACACCUGUGCAUACUGGAUACGCCCAUCUGGGCGAAAGAUCCAGUCCCCGGAGAGCCGCCCCGUCUCCAUCAAGGUCACAGCCCCCCCGCAGACCCCCAGGCUCUCGCUGGACCCCCCGUACGCCGUGUAUCUCCCAGGGGAACGGCUCAACCUCAGCUGCUCGGCUCCCGGGGCCCAGGAAGUGACAAGCUACAGAUUCUACAAGCGACGGCCGGAGCAGAGCUCUGAGGAGCUGCCGUCGCCCCGGGGGGAACCCCGGCUGGAGAUCCUGGCUGCGGUGGGGGACGAAGGACCGUACACCUGCCAGUACUGGAGCAGGGGGUCCGGACGAGAGCUCCCCUCGGGGCUCAGCCAGCCCAUCGCCAUACGUGUGACGGAGCCGCCCCCUGCCCCCCGGCUCGCUCUGGCUCCCCGGCACCCCAUGUACAUCCCAGGGGAGCGGGUGACCCUCAGGUGCUCGGCUCCCCAGGGCGACGGGGUGGCCAGGUACAGAUUCUACAGGCAGCGAGGGGGGUUGACCACUGACAGGGUCCCUGAGCCGACUGGGGGCGCCCGGCUGAAGCUAAGGGCUGAGACGGGGACGGCCGGGUUGUACGUCUGUGUGUAUUGGACACUGUGCGCCGGGCGAGAGGUGCCAUCCGGUGAGAGCCGGCCCGUCGCUGUGUCCGUGACAGGUGAGCUCGGUCUGGUCUCUGGCACCCCAUCCCCCUGUGCCCCUGCACCCCAUAUCUCUGCGCCCCUGCACCAUGUCCCCUCAUCCACCGCACUCCAACUCCUGUUGCCCCUGCACCCCAUCCCCCUUCCCAAGCAUCCCAACUCCUGCCGCCCCUGCACCCCUUCUGACCCAUACCCCAUACGCCUGCACCCCUGCACCCUGUCCCCUGUCACCCCUGCACCCCAUCCCCAUCCCGCUGCACCAUCACUCCAUCUCCCACCACCCCUGAACCCCAUCCUCCUGGCUCUCACACCCCAAAUCCAAUGCCGGAUCCCGGCUGGAAACAAAGGGGAUGAGCACCACUGGGUGCUGAGAGAUGGGGAGCUGCUUCCAGAGCCACCAGGGCCCCAGCUCCCCCUGAACGUCACCCCCAGCGACAGUGGGACCUACCAGUGUGGGUACAGCACAGAGCUCCAUGGGCGCCACCUCCGCUCAGGCUCCAGCGAGCCGGUGCCACUGAGUGUGACAGAUCCCCUUUCACAGCCAGUACUGAGUGUGGAUCCCCCGUCUGGAGUGGUGAGCGAAGGGCUCCCCCUGCGCAUCACCUGCAUGGCCCCCGGGGACACCAGUGAGAGGAGGUUUCACUUUUACAAGGACGGAGUUGAGAUCCCCUCUGGGGACACAGGGCCUCAGAUCAGCACCACAGAGCCCAGCACCGGCUCCACGAACUUCUCUGUGCUCAGUGUCCCAUGGGCCGGUCCCAAAAACACCGGGGAAUUCAGCUGUGGAUACGAGGUGAACAUGAGCGGCAGGUGGAUCCCAUCCCCCAGGAGCCAGGCUGUGAACAUCACUGUGACAGCCUGGUCUCUGCCCGUCCCCCUGGUGGCUGGGUGCGGUGGGGCUGCCACGGCUCUGGCGCUGCUGCUGCUGCUCAUCCCCCUCUGCAGGAAGAAGACGGCAGGUGCGUGA